UUCACCAACAUCAACAAGGAAAUAAGUCUCUCGUCAAACUAAUAAUCCCUCAAAUGACCCCGACUCAUUGUGGUUUCUCAUCAAGAUUUAUUUUGUAGUAGCAGAGAGUGUCUGCAGCACAGAUGGUACUACAGAUGUAGUGCUGUCACACUGCACCACGUGGAUCCAUUCACAGUAAGACACCGGCGUUUUUACUGGUCGCAGGAAAGAGCCACUGGCCUUAUCGAGGAAACCAGAAUAUGGACCACCUGCCGGAUGACAACUCCAGGUACAAAGACCUUGACUAUUGGGAUGAAAGAUACAAGACGGAGCAGUGUUACGACUGGCUGGGAGGCUUCUCCAAAUUCCAGCAUCUUCUGGAAAAACACGUCCACAAAGAAGACUCUAUUCUGAUACUUGGUUGUGGAAACAGCAGCAUGAGCGGGGACAUGUAUAGUGCCGGCUACCACUCCAUCACCAACAUAGACUACUCCUCUGUGUGCAUCAGUACGAUGAGUGCCAGGUACAGUGACUGCCCGGGUAUGACCUGGCAUGAGAUGGACGUGCGCCAGCUCACCUUUCCCGACGCGUCCUUUGAUGUCAUCAUAGAGAAGGCCACGCUGGACGCCAUCAUGGUGGAAGAGAAGACGCCUUGGGAGGUGUCCCCUCAAGCUGCUGUUUUCAUUCACCAAGCACUCACAGAGGUUAGACGCUGCUUGAAGCCUGGAGGACGGUUUGUCUCUGUAACCUUCGCCUCACCCCUCUUCAGGAAACGCCUCUAUGCUCGCACAGAGUACAACUGGUCAAUUAGGAAGUAUGGUUAUGGAGAAGGCUUUGAAUAUUUUGUGUAUGUGAUGACCAAAGGAGAGGAGCUAAGCCCUGAUGAUGCAGCUCUAGAGAAAAAGCUACUGGAGGACACCAAAUCCCAACCUACCACGAAUGUCACAAUGCAAAAUGAAGAUAAGGAAGACUUCCUGUUUAAUAUUGACUUCUAGGAAAAUAUUAACCCUGAGAUUUACAAGUAAGCUCUAUACUGUGAUAAUGACAAAAGAAACUCAAACUUUCCACAGUCACAGAAACAACAGAAAUUGCCUUUGUGACCACUGCCUUACAGUUAUGUAAUUUUGUAAGAAUGAACUGCUAUGUAUUUUAAGAUGUGUUCUAUUUUUGGGCAUAGAUGUUCAUAUUGACAGCUGUGAGGAAAGAUUUUAGUGGAUUUGUUUUAUAAAGGAUUUAGACUAUGCACCACCAUGCUCUCGAUACAUUUCCAAAGAAGAAUUGGAAUUGUAACAACAAUAAUUGUGUUUGAAACUAUUCAAAAGAAACUGUGUGGUAUUUAUUCACAUAACAGACUAUUGACAACACUUACAUGUAGAGAAAAAUGUUUAACUAAACAUGGUGGAAACUUUACAAAAUGGUUGUGCCAAAUAAAAUAAAUUAAUGAAAAAAUAUAGAUUACCCAAACUCACCUUGUCCAUUUCCCUGCCACUGAUCUUUUACAUUUUACGACAAAUACAGAUAAGGUAACUUCCAAAAUAAAGACCACAAUCAACUUGACACACUUAACAAUGUCAAUGCUGAAUAAAUCUUUGGCUUGAAGUCUCAUCUUAUAUAGUUUGCCUUUGAUCCUAACUAAAACAUUGUUUUCUAUGUGUUUUCUAUGAUUGCAUUGUUUCAGUUUGUGAUUACUAUGGAGCAAUUUCUAGUCAUGUUUAACUAUGACUCAUCAAGUUUCUGUCUGUGUCAUAAUUUUGCUAAAGCUUCUACGAUCAGAUCCUAUAGUAGUGCAGAUCAUAAUAGAAACUUUUUUAUUAAAAAAAAAAUGUUUACAUCCCAGUGUACUUAAUUGUUCUGUUUGUCCAUACAUCGGAAAGAUUCAACAGUCUCGUCUUCUGUGGUGCAGCACAAGUCUGCCCAUGUUGCAAAAUUUGCAAGACACGUCUAGACACAGAACAUAACAGCAUCACUGACCUGCAUUUGCAGUCAGUGUUUAAGUCUGUUUAUAUGUCUGUCGAAUUGUCUGUAACCGGACCCUGUCUGGUUUAGAUUCCAAACAAAAGCUGCUAAUGGAGAUGCAGUGUUUGAAACAUGCAGGCACAUACAAGUAACAGCUCACCCUGCGUGUUAUUUGUUGAGGAAACGUGAGAUAAGUCUCGGGUCCUGUGCGCUCUGCUGCUUAAAUUUAGACCUGAAAGAGAGCCAGGCAUGCAGACAGGCAGGAAGACUGGUGACUGGAGGGGGACCACAUUGAUAAAGUAGAAAUCAUUUAUUUUUAAUUCUCCACUGAGAUCUAAUUACUGCCUAUUUUUAAGACUUGGAAAAAAAGGUGCAUGAUUUUUCAGAUGGCUCUUCUUUCGUUCCAUGACUUUCUGCUGGUGUAACUCUGUAGUUUGUUUAACUUGAACUUUGCUGAUGACAAAUCAGUCUUACCCCAAGGUCUUUUUAGUAGCUGUUCUGGAGCUUUUGAUCAUAUCCCACGAUCUUCCUCAGCAGGCAGAGUUAGCCCAGUUUCCAUGUAAGUAACUGUUGGCUAAACCCCACCCCCCUUAGUUACUGUUGCUACGCUGAUGAGGUUUGUGUUCUCACAUGGCACGUAUGGAGUUUUGUGGUGAGAUUGUUUAAUCAUGUACUGUUUUCAAAGCCAAGAACACAUUUUUACACUCAAUCUGUUGUGCUCUACAAUGACAUGAAUAUUAACAUUUUUCAAAUGUUUUCAUCUUUGUGUCUUUUUAACUG